AUGAGUCGAAAGCGGAAGGAGGCAUGUGGUACGUCUUUGGAGCCAAAGUCACGGGCUGACGAUGCUUGGUGGGAUAUGCCACAGGUGUCUUUGCUCAUUGAAUUGAUGUAUGAGCAUUACAAGAAAGGACACCUUAUCUCAUCAACAUUUAGUGAGCAAAUUUGGCAUGAAAUCGUGGUUGAAUUGUACGAACGUAAUAAAACACAAUACACUGUGGCUCAACUUAAAGGUAAGGCUAACAGGCUUCGAAUGCUUUGGCGUAAGUUUUAUGAUUUGGUAUACAAACGGACUGAUUUUGGUUGGGACCCAACAACGUGCACUGUGACUGCCAGUGAGGAUCGUUGGGCUGAAUGGAUCCCAGCUAAUCCGAGAGAGUCUGGCUUGAAAAAGAAGGGUCUUCCUCAUUUCGAUUUAUGUACUGAGAUGUUCUCAUCUUCUGUAGCCACCGGCAGUAAUGCCCGCUCCUCUGCCAUGCCUCCUGUCUCCAACAAUGACGAUGAUGAAGUUGGUGUAAGCUAUCCUGCAAUGGAUAGUAGUAAUCCACUCUCAUCCGGGACCGAGAACAUUCAAAGAGCAACAAGAGGCGUGCAGCGAAUAGGGGGGCAAAAUGAUCAGUGGAAUCGAAUUGAUGCCUGCAUUGAUGCCAUAACCACUUGCAGUGAAGCCAAAACUCGGAAGCUGGCCAAAAUUUCCAAUGAUGAUAUUGAAGAGUGCAUGGCUGCGCUGUGUAAAAUGGAGGGACUACUGCAGGAUUUAUUCUUUGCAGCAAGAUCAAUUUGUGUUGAAGGUGAGGCGUCAAAUGUUUGA